AUGGUUCAGUUUCAUGGGAAAUUGAAGGCUCUCUUCAACAGCAGAUGGCUUGUGUUUGUGUGUGCAAUGUGGAUUCAGUCAUUUGCAGGAAUUGGGUACUUGUUUGGGAGCAUAUCUCCAGUGAUCAAGAGCACCAUGGGGUACAACCAGAGGCAGGUGGCCAUUCUUGGUGUGGCCAAGGACUGGGGUGACGCUGUUGGGUUUGUGGCAGGAAGCUUGUCUGAGGUUAUGCCCACUUGGGGGCUUCUGUCCAUUGGGGCAGCUCUCAAUUUUCUUGGCUAUGGCUUCCUUUGGCUUAUAGUCUCUCAAAGAUUGCCUGCUUUUCCUUUGUGGGUGCUUUGCAUCUGUAUAUUUGUGGGAACAAACGGAGAGACCUUCUUCAACACAGCAGCAUUGAUUUCAUGUGUGCAAAACUUUCCCAAAAGCCGGGGUCCUGUUGUGGGGAUCCUAAAAGGAUAUGCCGGGUUGAGUGGUGCAAUCAUUACUCAGAUUUAUGCAAUGAUCAAUUCCCCAAAUGAAUCAUCAUUGCUUUUCAUGAUUGCAGUUGGCCCAUCUAUGGUAGUCAUUGCUCUGAUGUUCAUUGUUAGGCCUGUGGGAGGUCACAGACAAGUCAGGCCAGCUGAUAAUUCAAGUUUCCUAUUUACUUAUAGUGUUUGCCUUGUCCUGGCAGCUUAUUUAUUGGGAGUUUUGAUUCUUGAGGAUGUGCUUAACUUGAGUCAAUCUUUGAUCACAUUGUUUGCAGUCAUUUUGAUCAUUCUCAUAUUACUUCCAAUCAUAAUCCCUAUCAUAUUAGUUUUCUUCUCCGAACCAACACCUUCGGCGCAGGAGAGCCUUCUCCUUGAGGCUCAGAGAGAAGAAGAUGGCAAAUCUGAGCAGGACAAAACUGAGGUGAUUCUUAGUGAGGUGGAAGAUGAGAAGAGUCCAGAAGUAGAUUCACUUCCAGCAUCAGAGAGACAAAAACGAAUUGCUCAGCUGCAGGCUAAACUGUUCCAAGCAGCUGCAGAUGGAGCAGUGAGGGUCAAGAGGAGAAAAGGCCCUCGUAGAGGAGAGGAUUUCACAUUAAUGCAGGCAUUGAUAAAGGCAGAUUUCUGGCUUAUAUUUGUUUCCCUUUUACUGGCUGCCGGAUCUGGUUUGACAAUUAUUGAUAAUUUGGGUCAGAUAACUCAGUCACUUGGGUAUACCGAUUCAAGUAUAUAUGUCUCCAUGAUCAGCAUUUGGAACUUUCUUGGACGUGUUGGUGGCGGCUACUUCUCUGAGAUUAUAGUAAGAGACUUCGCCUAUCCUAGACCAGUGGCUAUGGCCGUAGUUCAGGUCAUCAUGGCAAUCGGGCUCUUCUACUAUGCUUUGGGGUUGCCAGGGCAAAUAUAUGUGACAACUGUGUUGGUAGGGCUAGGGUAUGGUGCUCACUGGGCAGUUUUGCCAGCUGCAGCUUCAGAGCUAUUUGGCUUGAAAAGUUUUGGGGCCCUAUAUAAUUUUCUUACAAUGGCAAAUCCUGCUGGUUCUCUUAUCUUCUCAGAAGUGAUUGCUAGUGGUAUAUACGACCACUACGCGAAGGAACAAGCUGCACUCAGACACCGAGACUUGGCUUCAAUGCUUAUAAAACCCCUCAGAGAUGAUGACUCACUCAGUUGUGUUGGCACUGAGGGUUUAUACGCAACUCUAUGGAUCGCGCGGUUGAGCUGUGAAAGCAAAGGGGAAGUGGAUAUCUACUGUCAGCAGAAUGAGUCUGAAAGGUCUUUCAUCUCUAUGAUAUAUGACCGGAGUCUUUCUGAGGGUAAGAGAGUCUGA